AUGUCGAACCAAGACUACUACAGCCAACAAGGCGCCGGCUAUGGAGGAUAUAACUCGCCUCCUCCUCAGCAAGGGCAAUAUGGUGCUCCUCCGCAUCAGGAACAUCCGCCGCAAGGGCAAUAUGGUGGCUAUCCCCCACCUCAGGAUGCCGGCUAUGGCCAUAGUGGCUCUCCAGCCCCAGGCGCUUACGGCGCUGCUCCUCAACAAGGAGGGUAUCCUCCAGCGGGAUACAAUCCUUCGCACGGUCAACCUCCACACGGUCAAUCUCCAUACGAGCAGCGAGAGGGUUACCCUCCACAGCAUCAUCAAGGCGCGCCUGGCGGCUACGCACCAGGACCAGGCCCAUACGACCAGCACCAACAGGGGCAGUAUGGUGGGCACUCAGGCCAACCCCCUCCACAAGGUCAAGGUGGACCUGAGGGCGAUCGUGGACUUGGUGCCACCCUACUAGGCGGAGCAGCUGGUGCAUACGGUGGUCAUAAACUCGCAGGUGGAGGGUUAGGAACCAUCGGAGGAGCCAUCGCUGGAGCGAUUGGCGCCAAUGCAUUGGAGGGUAAGCACAAGAAACAUAAGAAGAACAAGAAGGACAAGAAGCACAAGAAAGACAAACAUGGUUCAAAAUAUGCAGGCUCCGCAGCGGUCGGUGGGCUGUAUGGUGGCCAUCAUGGGCAUCAUCGCAGUAACAGUAGCAGCAGCUCGUCGUCUUCCUCUAGCAGUUCUUCUUAA